UUCUGGGUUUUGAAGGGUUUGAAUUUCUCUGUUAGUACUGUUCCAACCAUGUUUUUUGUUGUUUUCUUCACACACACACACACACAUACACAUUGAGAAUGGCUGCCUCGGUGUUUAGCCUACUUCUCUUUGUGCAAUCAUCAAGACUUUUUGCCUCCGGGAUCGAAGGGAAAUCGACGAUAUGCGGGGCUGAUCGCAUAGCAUACUCGAAUUCGGACAGCCAUGAAGUGUUUUGUUUGAACGACAAUCUAGUAGAUAGGGUUUUGUUCUGUAAGGUCCUGCAGUUGCACUAUGAAGAUCACUGUGUGUUGGAAGGCUAUACCGGCGCUGACUGUGGUUUUGACGUUUCCUUAGCUGAUUUAUCGACCGGAAGAGGACGGAAGUUAUUGCACGAGCCAAAGAAAGAUGAGAUACCCGACAAUAACCUGGAAGGGAGCAAUAAUCGAAAACUUUCGGUCUCGACUAAAGUAGGGAUGGCAGCAGCUGCUGGAGUACUUCUAACCUGUGUUUUCAUCUGCCACCGUCUUUACAGGAAAAAGAAAGCAGCUGACCAAACUGUUCUUUCCGAGGAAGUAAAUACAAUUGAUUCAGCUGGCCCUUCCGAAACGAGUGUUCGUUCCCUUCCUGAGAAGGUUCCGGCCAGCCCACUUAGGGUACCACCUAGUCCUUCAAGAUUCUCGACGCCUCAGUCUCCUCAACUCAACAGACUUCCGGCCAGCCCACUUAGGGUACCACCUAGUCCUUCAAGAUUCUCGAUGUCUCAGUCUCCUCAACUCAACAGACUUCCGGCCAGCCCACUUAGGGUACCACCUAGUCCUUCAAGAUUCUCGACGUCUCAGUCUCCUCAACUCAACAGACUUCCGGCCAGCCCACUUAGGGUACCACCUAGUCCUUCAAGAUUCUCGACGUCUGAGUCUCCUCAACUCAACAGACUUGGGUCAGUGCAUCUCAGUAUGACACAGGUGACCAGAGCUACCCAUAAUUUCUCACCUGCACUAAAGAUAGGCGAAGGAGGGUUCGGAACUGUUUACAAGGCCCAGCUUGAUUCUGGCCAGGUGGUUGCGAUUAAACGAGCAAAAAAGGAACAUUUUGAGAAUCUGCAAACAAAAUUCAGCAGUGAAGUUGAACUUCUAUCCAAGAUCGAUCAUAGGAACCUUGUGAAGCUACUCGGUUACAUCGAUCAAGGAAAGGAACGGCUUAUCAUUACGGAGUAUGCACCAAAUGGUACUCUAAGAGAUCAUUUGGAUGGUCAGAAUGGAAAAAUCCUUGAUUUCAAUCAGCGUCUUGAAAUUGCCAUUGAUGUUGCUCAUGGCCUUACGUAUCUCCAUCUCUAUGCAGAGAAGCAAAUUAUUCAUCGGGAUGUGAAGUCAUCCAACAUUCUUCUGACAGAAAGCAUGAGAGCAAAAGUGGCUGAUUUUGGGUUCGCAAGAGUUGGCCCGAUGGACUCGGAUCGAACUCAUAUUUCAACCAAAGUGAAAGGAACAGUUGGUUACCUUGAUCCUGAGUACAUGAGAACCUAUCAACUCACAACCAAAAGUGAUGUGUACUCUUUUGGGGUUUUACUUGUGGAAAUUCUGACCGGCCGCCGUCCCGUGGAGCUUAGGAGACCGGUUGAAGAGCGUGUGACGCCUAGAUGGGCAUUCCAGAAGUAUAAUGAAGGACAAGUAGUGGAGCUGGUGGAUCCAAAGGUGGAAGAAGUUGUAGAUGCAGUAAUAUUAAGGAAGAUAUUUGCCUUGGCAUUUCAAUGCGCAGCACCCAUUAGAAAUGACCGUCCGGAGAUGAAAUCCGUGGGAGAACAGUUAUGGGUGAUUAGAGCCGACUACGUUAAAACUUCGAGGCUAGGGUGAAACACAACAUAAUCC